UGCAGUUUAAUGACAGAUUCUGCUGUAGUUAAAUUGUAAUAAUUUGCAAUAAUUUCGUGCGCAUUAUGUGAUUAAAUAUAUAAGUUAGCUAUAAUAGUGUUGACUGAGGAUCAGAAAUAAACAAAAAUUUCAGUUUGUUUUGAUAGCAAUUUGUACGAGAUAAAAACGGGGCGCCCCAUAAACGACUUGGUUAUUAUAUGCGUGAAAUCACUGUUAAUGCAACAAAUAUGUACGCAAUGUGGAUAUCCCCAACCGCUUGUCUCUUACUGGUUUUUUCCUGUAUAAGGAAACAAGUCGGAAACAUCAGAUAAGAGUGACAACUAAUAUAAAUCGAAAAGCAGCUUACUAAAGACAGUCAUUCGGUUGUUAUUUCGAGUGUUAUUAAGACGCUUUCGUUUAAUUUCUACUCGUUCUCGAACUUGGAUUCUAUAUCGCACGGAUACAAUCAUGAAAUAUAUUUUUGCACUUGUGCAAGUAUUGACCCUGAUUUGGUUGGUCGCCUUGGCAUUCCCGCAAAGAGACUGGUCGGGCAAUGUCGUCGAUGACUCCAUAAUAUUUAAUGAUAAUGAUGAAGCGAACAGCAGCACGCCGAGUAGCACCACGCAAAGGACAAUAAAUAAUAAUAACAAUAAUACUAAUACUACUAAUAAUAAUUGUCCAUGUAGCGCGACUGCUGAAUACAAUCCGGUAUGCGGCACCGAUAACGUAACCUACUGGAAUAUAGGAAGAUUUAAUUGCGCGAAAAAUUGCAAUCCACAACUUGAGAUAAGAGUGAUCAGGUCUUGUGAACCAUAUAUCCAGCAGAGCAGUAAUUGAAUACCAUAUGGUCCGCCAUCAUUUCCAUAUGAUAAACAUGACAUAUAGACUUAUAUACGACAUCUAUUAGAGGAAAUUUCUGAUAUACGAUCGCAAACCAUAAAUUCUUGGCCAUCGGCAUCAACAUUUCACAAACUUCAUGUAUUAGUAAUGUUUGAUAUAUUCCAUUACAUUUUAAGUGUAUACAUUUUUAAUUUGUAAUUGCUGUUAUGUUCUGUAAAAACUACGGCUUAUGAAUAUUUAUA